AUGUCGCAGAUAACAUCGAACAGGCCACAUUUGUUUGAGGACGACUUACCCGAAAGUGCGAACACGGAACGAAAGAUCUUCGCAGAAUGGGCAUCUUCAGUUCCGUUCGAGAAAAAAGCGGAUGAUUUUCAAAUUCACAAUUCAAAAGAGUUAGACACCAAGAUAGUUCCCUUCUUAAGGGGUAUUCAUUGGUACAGAUACCGGGGCCGAAAUAUGCGCCAUUCCACCACAGCAAAGGCGAUGCGUUUAUCAUUCCAAUCGAGAUACUUGGCAAUAGCCCCAGCGCCUCGGGAAAGCCCCUCCAAGAAGGAAAGCGACUAUAUAUGA